CUCAUUUAUGGGACAUGAUACUCCAGCAGUAUUAAAUAAUUGCUUCAGCCUCAUACUUAUUACACCAUGCACACUUGUUCCACAUCCUAAAAAAAAUUGUACUAGCUUGUGUAAUGAAGAAACCAGAGCUUGUGUUCAUCCCCAUGCCGGCCGCUGGCCACCUUGUAUCCACAGUAGAGGCUGCAAAGCUUCUCCUUGACCGUCAUCAUUUACUCUCCAUCACUAUCCUCAUCAUUAAGCCUUCUUCAGACUCCAUCAUCAGCUCCUUGGCCAAUUCCAUCUCUAAAUCAGAUCGUCUCCAGUUCAUUGAUCUACCUAAUGAAGAUGACGACUUCAAGGAUUUGGGUUUUAUUGAUAAACAGAAGGCCCAUGUCAAAGAAGCCGUCUCCAAGCUCACUGCUUGUUCUGACUCGUCGCUUGCUGGAUUUGUACUCGAUAUGUUCUGUACAUCGAUGAUAGACGUGGCCAAGGAGUUUGGUGUUCCCUAUUAUAUUUUUUUCACUUCAGGUGCAGCUUUUCUCGGUUUCUUGUUUUACGUGCAGCUUAUUCACGAUGAACAGGACGCUGACCUUACUCAGUUCAAGGACUCCGACGCGGAAUUGUCGGUGCCGAGUUUGGCUAACUCACUUCCUGCGAGGGUUCUGCCUGCUUCGAUGCUUGUAAAGGAUCGGUUUUCCGCUUUCAUCCGCAUCAUCAGAGGACUUAGAGAGGCGAAGGGUAUCAUGGUAAAUACAUUCAUGGAACUGGAAUCUCAUGCAUUAAAUUCUCUUAAAGAUGAUCAAAGUAAAGUUCCUCCUAUUUAUCCUGUGGGACCCAUCUUGAAAUUGAGUAACCAGGAAAAUGAUGUAGGCCCCGAAGGGAGUGAAAUCAUAGAAUGGCUUGAUGAUCAACCUCCAUCAUCAGUGGUGUUCCUGUGCUUUGGGAGCAUGGGAGGUUUUGAUAUGGAUCAAGCCAAAGAAAUUGCAUGUGCACUGGAGCAAAGCAGGCACCGAUUCUUGUGGUCCUUACGGCGGCCCCCACCAAAGGGUAAAAUUGAAACCUCAACUGAUUAUGAAAAUCUCCAAGAAAUAUUACCCGUAGGAUUCUCAGAACGAACGGCUGGGAUGGGGAAGGUAGUUGGAUGGGCUCCACAAGUAGCCAUAUUAGAGCAUCCAGCAAUCGGAGGUUUUGUUUCUCACUGUGGGUGGAAUUCUAUAUUGGAAAGCAUAUGGUUUAGUGUUCCAAUCGCCACGUGGCCGUUAUAUGCAGAGCAACAAUUCAAUGCCUUUACAAUGGUGACUGAAUUGGGAUUGGCUGUGGAAAUUAAAAUGGAUUAUAAGAAGGAGAGUGAAAUAAUACUGAGUGCUGAUGAUAUAGAGAGAGGAAUAAAGAGUGUGAUGGAACACCAUAGUGAAAUAAGGAAGAGGGUUAAAGAGAUGAGUGACAAGAGUAGGAAGGCCUUGAUGGACGAUGAAUCUUCAUCCUUUUGGUUAGAUCGUCUGAUUGAAGAUGUGAUAAAUAAUCUUUCGUGAAUCACUUCCCUACUUACGUUGCAUAUGAUAACAAGUGGCUUGUAUUACCAUAAUAAAUUUUUAAAAAAAAAAAAAAAGGCUUAAUGCUCGAUUCUUGCUUA